AUGGCUUCUUCACCAAUAGCCUCCGAGCAAACAAAUAGUCGAGGACUGCCCACGGUCCACUUACUUAUCAUGGGCCUCACUGGUUCCGGGAAAAGCACUUUCAUCCAAAAAGCGACUGGCGAUAAUUCCAUUGAGACAGGGGAGGGUCUUGAAUCCGUGACUACGGAAGUCAGAGGUUAUCCGAUGGUGUACAACGGCUAUGAAGUCUUUCUGAUCGAUACUCCCGGGUUCGAUGACGACAAGAUGUGCGACGACGACGUACUGAAGAUGAUCGCAGAUUUCGUCAAUACCAUAUGUAGCACCGGGUGGACAUUCGGUGGGAUCAUCUAUCUCCACGAUAUCGGUCGCACCAGAAUGGGCAAUGCUGGGACUUUGAAUAUCAGGGUAUUGGAAAGCUUUACCGGCAAGGAGAAUUUCAAAAACAUCACACUCGUGACAAACAAAUGGGGCUUGUUAGUCGAUCCUGAGGUUGGGCUUCUACGUGAGAGGCAGUUGCAAGAACAUCCGAGCUAUUGGGCCGAAAUGCGUCAGGCUGGCUGCCAAGCACGUAUGUGUCGAUUCGACAACACUGAAGCUUCGGCCUUGAAGAUCAUUGAUUGGCAUCUGGAAAAGAGCUUUGUGCCGCGGCUCAGCCAGCAGAUGGUCACCGACAGAGCGACCUUGGGGAGGACGGACGCCGGACAGGUGAUUCGGGAGAAGUAUGAGGCCAUUUUCGCCCGAAACGGGUGGUCCGAUCAGCUCGCCAGAAUGAACGACAAAAUGGAAUCUAGCUUCCAGGGGGCGCAGACCCAAGUCGCCAUCGCCAAGCUACUCAAGGAUCUGGAAAGGCUUAAGAAGAAGCAAAUGCUGCAGCGGGCCGGAGCAUGGGUGGUGAGGCUGGCGACUUAUGGUGGUGCCGUGGUUGCCACGGUCUUGACCGAAAAUCCAGCUGCGUUCCGAGCGGCCAUUGCGGCGGCCGGACCUUUGGAGAUGUCCUUUCGGAGCAUGAAGAGCAGGACCCAGGGCCAGAUGGAGGAUCUCAGACAGUCGAUCGCAACAACAGCUCUGUACGGCCCGCUCAACAAUGGCGCGGGACAAAUGGCUGAAGUUGGUGAUGAGUGA